UAAAAUCACAGUCGAGUAAAGGCACCCAAUAAUCUGCAGAGAUAAAAGAGGCAGCUGUGAUUCUGAGAGCUUAUAUUGUCCAAGGCACCACACAAGUAGUGUACAGUUCAUAUUAAAUAUAUUACACCUGGAGUUUUAAACAUUAGCUCAAAAAGCUUUUCAGCUACCAUGGAGCCUGCUGGCUCGAACAGUUUGGAAUACUUUUCUAAUGCAAUGACUGUCCAGGAUGCCUUUACUGUGAUGAGAACUUACCACCUGGCAUCAAUGCUAGAAAAUUGCCUAUACAAUGCAAAAUGCACUAAACUCCAUUGCACAAAAAUCCUUGUGCCUAAAGGACUUCUCACAAGAGUGGCACAGGAGAUUCUCAAAUUCUCUUUUACUGAGCCCUGUGGACUACGAGGAUGUAUUCUUCAUGUGAAUUUAGAAUGUGGCCACAAGCAUUUAGCGCUAGGUACAUUAGCGUAUGACUCCACGGUUGAACCUACUUUUGAAGUGACCUUGGUUUUAAAGCGUGAAAGUCAAUUAUUGGACCAUUUCAGUGAUUUUCUUAUCCCUGGAACUUGGUUUCCAAGUCUGUUCAGAGGCAUCUUAAAACUAAGUCCGAAGUUCUUGCUUACUAAAAACUCAUUAUAUUUUUCAGUUGGUGGAAGUGAAGAUUGCUAGUCAGGCCUAGCUUCCUAUUCCUAAGGAUAGUUACCUGACUUUUAUUGAUUGUGAAUACGUUGUUAGUAUUUGUAAUCUGCAAUAUCUCAAAUUUACGCGGAGCUCUAAAGAGAGAUUUAAGUUAAGUAGCAUUGUUAGAAAUACCAUUGUUUUUGCAGUUUUCAAGACUAUAUGCAAGUCUCAUCUUAAUAUACAGGUAUGGGAUCCCUUUUCCAGAAAGCUCUGAUUUAGAGGAUGGUUUUCUUUUUCUCUGCAGUAA